AUGGGCGGGACAGCCUUCACGCAAGCAGCGGCAACAGGCCAGCCAACACUGCGAACACCACGCAUGAGCCCAGAGGAUUAUGCCCGGCUGAAAACGAAAUAUGCAGAAGAGCUCCGGCAGUAUUUCCCACAUAGCACCGUCGAGGCACUCAAAGAAGCUCCUGGAAAGACAGACUUUGGCGAUAUCGACUUCGUGAUUACUGCUCCCGUUGAUCAGAAGUUGGAUAGUCUGGACCUUGCAAGGAAGCUUGGCGCAAAAGGAGUCAUCUACUCAAGCGGAGGCGGAUACCGGAGAUGUCAUCUCGCAGUACCCUUAGAUGGAAGUAAGGCCACCGAAGUCAUUCCAUACAAGCACAUUGGAGGGCGUAGCAACCGACCAGGCAAAGAGGUGCGCUCCAUGCCCAGCACUUCCUGCCAAAUCUACAAAGCACAACUGACCAACUCAUCCCAGCAGCAACCCUCCGAGACGUUCACAGAAGAGGCGUAUGUCCAGCUGGACAUCGAGCUCGUACGUCCAGAACACAUGCCGUGGUUCUCUUGGUACGCAUCUUACGGCGACCUCGGCGGCAUCCUAGGACGCAUGGCACGAAAUCUAGGCCUCAUCAUUGCAGACAGCGGGCUCUUACUCCGUCUUCAAGAACUAGACGACACAAAAAAGCAGGAAUACAAACUCCAAAUCGCCGACAAGAAUGGACUUCUCUGGCUUUCCGAAGACCCCAUCAAAGUAAUGGAACUCCUGAACCUCUUCCCAUCCCGCUUCUACGCCGGCUUCAACACCGUCGAGGAAAUGUACGCAUGGCUAGGCCAAAGCCGCCUGGCAGCCGCAGACGUCCUCCGAAUCAAACGCAACACCUCCGUAGAUCGCAUGAAGCAGAACAAACGGACCAUCUACAGCACAUUCAUGGACAGCUGGCUACCGGACCACCUCGGGCUGCACGUUGAGAUGGAAGAACCAAACGACGAGGAAUACCUCGCAGAAAAGGCCGCUCUCCGCAUCAAACGCCAAGAGUACCGUGACGAAGCGCUCGACUACUUCGAUAAACGGGCGGAGUACGAAGGCAUGCGUGAUGCGCUGGUUCUCUCGAUCAACAACCAAAUCGCAAAGCACCUCCUCAGACCACUCGUCGCGAAGCAUUCUGGGAGUAAGGAUCUCAAGCUUAGCGAGAUUAAUCGUGCUUUUGGGAGGUGGGUGGGCUGUUCAGACCGCGGUGUGCCGUACGUGAAGGAGGAAGCCCACUCUGAUGAGGAGUCGGAGUUGCAUAACUUUCUGAACGAUGAGAAAAAAGGUUUGAGGGAUGAGGCGCUGGUGGAUGAGUUUGUGGCGAAACAUUGGGAGGAGUUGAAGUAUCUCGAGCGGGAAAGGGCGAAGGCGCUGAGGCCGCAGAAGGAAGAUGUUGACCCAUGCAUGAAGGUUUCGUCACCGGUGGCUGAUCCGUGA